AUGGAACCCUACCGCCUUUUGUUGGGAUUAAGUGUCUUUUUCCACUUUGACGCCUUUGCUUCCACAGAGGUCACGUGCAAGCUGAAGGCCAAGUUCAACCUGAAUGGCUACAAGGAUGUGGAGAAGAAGAAGGUCGUCAUCGGCGGGAUGUUUCCUGUCCACAUGAGCGUUGCUUCCAGCGCUGGCAACACUUCACGGCUGCCUAUAUCCUCGGGGUGUGAAGGAAUGAAUUACCGCACAUUCCGCUGGACCCAGACCAUGCUGUUUGCCAUCAAUGAAAUAAACAACAUGAAAGAGCUGCUGCCCAACACCGACCUGGGCUACGUCAUCUAUGACUCCUGCUUCACCAUCUCCAAGGCCGUGGAGGGCACCCUCACUUAUUUGACCGGCCAAGACGAGGCAGUGCCCAAUUACCGCUGUGGCACGGGGGCUCCCCUGGCUGCUCUCGUCGGGGCGGGAGGCUCUGACUUGUCCAUCGCCACUGCCAGGAUCCUGGGACUCUACCAUUUUCCACAGGUCAGCUACUCCUCAACCUGCUCAGCCCUAAACAGCAAGUUCCAGUUCCCAACCUUCCUGAGGACCGUUCCCAACGACAUCCACCAGUCAACCGCCAUGGCCCAGCUGGUGCUGCACUUCGGCUGGACCUGGGUUGGAACCGUGGCCGCAGACGAUGACUACGGCAAGUAUGGCAUCAAAGACUUCAAAGAGCAGGUCGAAGAGGCCGGCGUCUGUAUCUCCUUCUCUGAAACUCUGCCAAAGGUAAAUUCCCCUGAAGACAUUGAGCGAAUUGUCCAAACCAUUAUUGAGUCCACGGCCAAGAUCAUUGUAGUCUUUUCAUCAGACGUGGACCUCAGUCCUCUGGUGCUUGAACUGAUCCGGCAAAAUGUGACCAACCGCACUUGGAUCGCAAGCGAGGCCUGGGUCACGUCAGCUCUCAUCAACCGACCUGGAGUGAGCUCUGUGCUAGGCGGCACCAUUGGCUUUGGGGUGAAAAGGGCCGACAUACCUGGUCUGCAGCGACAUUUACUCGAUCUGGACCCUUAUGCCGAUCCUCUCACUGAGGAAUUUUGGGAGAAGCUGUUCAACUGCACGUUAGAUUAUGAGGUUGUUCUUGGCGGUUUGUGUACCGGCAGUGAGUCCCUGGCUCAGCUCAACAACACGUACUCUGACGUCUCCCAGCUACGAAUCACCUACAGUGUGUACAAGGCGGUGUACGCCGUUGCCCAUGCUUUGCACAAUCUGGAGCACUGCAAGGCGGGACAGGGGCCGUUCAUUGGGAUCGGCUGUGCUGACAUCACCGAGUUUGAGCCAUGGCAGCUGAUGUACUACCUGAAGAAUGUGCGCUUCAAAGUGCCACACACAGACGAGGAGGUCUACUUCACUGAUGGAGAUGUGGAGGGCUUUUACGACAUCAUCAACUGGGGAGUCGAUAGCAACGGGGAAAUAUCUUACUUGACUGUGGGCCACUACAACGGUUCUGUGGCUCCAGAGCACAGGAUGACCAUUCGGAAUGAUUCCAUUGUUUGGAACAAUGAAGCAUUGGAGCCUCCUCGGUCAGUGUGCAGUGAGAACUGCAUGCCUGGUACCAGGAAAGGGAUCCGACAGGGAGAGCCUGUUUGUUGCUUCGACUGCAUUCCGUGUGUCGAUGGCGAGAUUAGCAACAUGACAAACGCCCGGGAGUGUGUCCUGUGCAGUGGCGAUCACUGGUCCAAUGACGCUCACGACGCCUGCGUGCCCAAGAUCGUCGAGUUCCUGGCCUUUGGAGAGCCUCUUGGGAUCACUCUCAUCGUCAUCUCUGCCUUUGGAGCCCUUGUCACCUUCGCUGUAGCGGUGAUCUUUGCUUUACACGUCGGCACUCCUCUGGUGAAAGCCAACGAUGCUCUCCUGAGCUUCUCGCUGCUCUUCUCGCUGAUGGUGACCUUCCUCUGCUCCAUCGUCUUCUUGGGAGAGCCUCAACACUGGAGCUGCAUGACCAGCCAAGUAGCUCUGGCUCUGGGCUUCGCACUGUGCCUUUCCUCCCUAAUGGGCAAGGCGGCAUUACUGAUGCUGAGAGCUCAGGCUAUGAAAGCGGCCCGUGCCAAGGCGAAGGCUGCUUCCAAAGCUGCCAAAGCCGCAGCGGAAGCGGCAGCCAACAGUGGUGGCCCCGAUGUCAUCGCAACCAACACAACAAGCCUCAACGAUGUUGCUGCUCGCGUCAAGCCUGACGGCCUCACAUUUGCGCACCAGAGGGCGAUAGCUGCUGUGGCCACAUUGAUUCAGGCUUUCGCUUGUACCGUGUGGCUCAUCCUCCUGCCGCCCUAUCCUGUGAAGAACACUUCAGCUCAGAACAUAAAGAUCAUUCUGGAGUGCAAUGAAGGUUCUGUGGUCUUCAUCUGUUGUAUUUUUGCCUAUGAUAUCCUACUGGCUCUGCUGGCCUUCGUUUUUGCUUUCCUGGCCCGGAAAUUGGAAGAUCACUUCAGUGAGGCCAAGUGUGUGACCUUCGGCAUGCUGGUUUUCUUCAUCGUGUGGAUUUCCUUCGUCCCAGCUUACCUCAGCACACGAGGCAAGUUCAUGGUGGCCGUCCAGAUUUUUGCCAUCCUGGCGUCCAGCUUUGGGCUGCUCAGCUGCGUCUUCUUGCCAAAGUGCUAUAUUCUCCUCCUCAAACCUGAACGCAACACCGAGGAGAUGAUGAGACCCCACGACAAACCACGUGAUGGAACCUCAACCGGGACCUCGGCGUCACUAGCUACCUCCGCCACUGAGGUCAACUCUACAAUCGCUUCAACUGCUUUUGAUGAUUAGAUGUACUGUAGCUAGGCAGGGCGAGAUUAGAUUGUAUGUUACAGUAAAAUGGACACUUUAUAGACCAAAAAUGCACUUGGAAAAUGGAAGAAAAUGUGGCUUUCCUGCAUCAGCCACUUUAGGCCUUAAGACUUCCGUCCAUGUCGUUAAUAUUUGAAAAUGUAUUUAAUUUUUUUUAGCCACUUACACUCAAGUCAUCCAUAAAGUGCAUUUCUUUAUGUAGGCCUAUAUUAGAAAUACGAUCAUAUUUUUGACUUGUAUUUGUACUGUACUAGUGGCAUCGGAUACUUUCUAAGGGGUUGUUCAAGUGUGAUGGUUGACGAAAACAAAA